AUGACGAGUAUUGCCCCGAGCGACAAAUCUGUGGAGUCGAGCCUACAUUACUGGCUAAUCUUCCUCAAAUACAUCGUUCAGAAAUUGCACUUACACAGAGAUGUGCCUGAUCUUAGCGAAGAUGACAAGGAGGAGAGAAGGAGGUUGUGGUGGGCAAGCUACAUCAUUGACCGGCAUACGGCCUUGUCAUUCAAUGGACGUCCGCGCAUCACAGACCAUGAAUGCCUUCUCCUUCCGACUCCACGCCCCGACGCAGUAUGGAACCAAUCCGGUCCGCUACUUCCUUGGUCCGACCGACGAAGUCAAAAUAACACGAUACUGAGCUAUCAUGUUCAGAGCCUGGAUAUGCUCGGUAUCUUUCUUCCACUCUCAAGAAUCUUGGGCGAGAUACUGGAAUAUCGCUUUCUCAGCGACCACUCGACUUUUAACUCAAGCCACGACUUUCUCACUGCGAUCCAAAAGAAUAUAGUGCGCAAUCUUGAGGUUUGGUGUCAUUCAUUUCUGUCCUUAGUGGGCUCAGACUUCUGCACAAUUGCGGAGCCAGAAUGCGAGUUCUCCCCAGCUCCAGAAAUUCCGACGGUAGCCUACUAUGGCUUUCACAUGUAUCAUUGCAUGUUCGUACUCCUGCAUGGUCCUAUGGAUGUGGUGCGGAUGUAUCAGGAUCUUGCCUGGCAGGCAUCCUCGAAAUUUCUCACGGCUGGGGAGCAUGCUGUAGCCUGUGCCAAUAUCGCACGGUACAUCUUGCGGAUCGAUCCACAGCUAUGCCUGAUGUAUAGAUUCUUCGGAACCUACUUCUUGCAGUCAUCGUUCAUCUUCCUUAUUCUAGCCCAAAAGUUGGGUCGGCAGUCCGACGACAUGAUUUUACGUAAUUGCGCCAUCAAUCUCCAAGUCUUGGACAUGUUCGUAGCAGCCACGAACAUGGACUACCAGCGCACUUUUGCCAAGCUCCUGCGCCGGGCUCUGUCGUACAACCUAGGGGAUUCUUCCGCAGGAAAUGCUCCCGGCAAUGGCCAUCCCGUGGCCGAAUACGUGGGCAUGCCAGAACCAUCGCUAGACCCGGAAAUGCUUCUUUACCGGUGGGUCCCCGGCUAUACGGGAUUAUGGAUCAGUCCGAUGGACCGAGAAUAA